GCUGUGCGCGCUCCUUUCCAUCCGCGCUCCCGCGGAUCCGCUUGUAUAUCAACUCCGAGCUUGUCCCACCGGGAAGAAAAUGCCAUCAAAAGUCAUCUUUGAAAGCGAGGAUCAAGCCAUGAAUGGAGAUGAGGAUACUAUCGCCGAGGCCGAAACCGUAAAGAAGAUCAAGACCAAGGAGGGCAAAAAGCUGAAAAAGAAACAGCAACAGCAGUUGGAGGAGCAGGAGGAACCAGAAUGUGAACCUCCUGCUACAAAGAAGAAAAAGAAAAAAGGCAAGCCGGCAGCGGACCAAGGGAGCGACAACGCGGAUGAAGUCACUGACAUGAAUGGCAACAGCAGUACUGAACAGAUAGAAAAGGAAAAGACCAAGAAGACCAAAGCAGACUCAAAGAAAAACAAGAAGCAGAAGGCAAUUGCAGAGGCCGAAACCAACGGCAAUUCCACCUUAAACACUCCUAUUCAGACUCCUGUCCCGACACCUUCUCAAUCAAGUGAUGACUCGGCCAGUGACAGCGACAAAGAAGUUGUGGAGACACCGGAGCAGAAAGAAGGAGCAUUCUCCAACUUCAGAAUCUCCCAAGUCACCAUCAAUAAACUGAAAGCUCGGGGAGUCUCUUACCUUUUCGACAUUCAGGCAAAGACAUUUAAUCCUGUAUAUGAUGGAGAGGAUGUAAUCGCCCAAGCUCGCACAGGAACAGGAAAGACUUUUUCCUUUGCCAUACCUUUGGUGGAGAAGCUCCAGAACGACUCAGGAGAGAUGACCCGAGGCCGGCCUCCCAAGGUCCUGGUGUUGACUCCUACCAGAGAGUUGGCUAUCCAGGUCGCUAAAGACUUCAAAGAUGUCAUCAAAAAGCUCUCUAUAGCCUGUUUCUAUGGAGGCAGCGCAUACCACCCACAACUGGAUGCUGUCCGUAACGGCCUCGAUAUUUUGGUCGGAACACCUGGUCGCAUCAAAGAUCAUCUUCAGAACCAUAAACUUGACCUCUCUAAGCUCAAACAUGUUGUUCUGGAUGAAGUGGACCAAAUGUUGGACAUGGGGUUUGCCGAACAAGUUGAAGAGAUUUUGAGUUCAUCAUAUAAGAAAGACUCUGACACCAACCCACAGACUCUCCUGUUUUCGGCCACCUGCCCCCCCUGGGUGUACGAAGUGGCCAAGAAAUACAUGAGGCCCGACUGCAAGCAUGUGGACCUGAUUGGCAAGAAAACGCAAAAAGCCGCGACAACUGUUGAGCAUCUGGCUAUAGCGUGCCACUGGUCACAGCGUGCAGCAGUGAUUGCCGAUGUUAUACAGGUGUACAGUGGAAGUCAUGGCAAAACCAUUCUCUUCUGUGAGACGAAGAGGGAAGCAAAUGAACUUUCUUUGAAUACUACCAUAAAACAGAGCACCCAGUCCCUCCAUGGUGAUAUCCCACAGAAACAGAGAGAGAUGACGCUGAAAGGCUUCAGGACCGGAGUCUUUGAAGUUCUGGUUGCUACAAAUGUUGCAGCACGCGGACUUGAUAUCCCUGAAGUCGACCUGGUCGUACAGUGUUCCCCACCCAAGGACGUAGAGUCCUACAUCCAUCGUUCGGGACGUACAGGCCGUGCAGGCAGGACUGGUGUCUGCAUUUGCUUCUACCAGAGGAAAGAAGAGGACCAGCUGCGCUACGUAGAAAACAAAGCGGGUAUCACAUUUAGGCGAGUAGGUGUUCCAACUGCCAACGAUAUCAUCAAAUCAUCAAGCAAAGAUGCCGUCAGAUUUCUGGACUCGGUUCCUGUCACAGCCAUUGGAUAUUUCCGGGAAUCGGCUCAGAAGCUGAUAGAGGAAAGAGGAGCAGUAGAUGCUCUGGCUGCAGCUCUGGCCCACAUUUCCGGAGCCACGAGUCUGGAACAGAGGUCUCUACUCAACUCUGAUGCUGGUUACACCACUGUGACGUUGACGUGUUCUCAGGAGAUGUAUAAUCUUGGGUUAGCCUGGAGAAGCAUUAAUGAACAGCUCGGAGCAGACUUUGAGAACCACAUUUACAGAAUGGCCUUCCUCAAAGGGAAAAUGGGAGUUUGUUUUGACGUCCCUGUAGAUAAAGUCAAGGAGCUUCAGGACAACUGGAAAGAUGGUCGCCGCUGGCAAUUGACCGUAGCCACAGAACUCCCAGAGCUGGAGGAGAAGAACAACAGUAACCGUGGUGAUAGGAGCUUUGGCAGCAGUAACCGUGGUGGAGGAGGGUUCAGAGGCGGGAGGGGGCGAGGGCGAGGUGGUGGUCGCGGGUUCCGCAACGGUGGGGGUGGCGGCUUUCGAAAUAACAACGGAGGACAGAAACGCUCAUUCAGCCAAGCUUUUGAUUACUGAAGCAUCAACCUGUGGACUGACUGCGUCAACAGCGCCAGCGGUGGUUUCUGUUGGCUGUCACUAAGAGGGACCACCCUGAGGAUGAUGGUGGAAAAUAAUCAUCCAAUUUUUUUUAUUUAAUUUUUUUUUUUUUUGUAGUUUUAAUACACAAGUCAUGAAAAUUCCAAGUUAUUCUGAUACGCUGUAUACAAAACAAGUCAUCUGAACCAAUUUACCAAAUUAGCCAUUAAAAUGGUCAAGAUUAAAAAGAAAAACUAUCAACAGUGAAUUUGGCGGGCAGCUGUUUUGUUCAUCUUUUAAGUGAUGUCUUCAACCAAAACUGUUUGGAAUGA